AUGGCCAACAAAUUCGUUUGCACUUUAUUGCUGUUGAUCGCAGCUACAGGCGCCCACGCUGAUGGAAUUGUAGGUGGUACAGCUUCCUCUAUUAGCGCUAACUCGUACCUCGCAAGCUUGCAGCUAGCCGAUGGAACCAUCGUCUGUGGUGGUGCUUUUAUUAAUUCCAAGCACGUUGUUACUGCCGCCUACUGUUUGGCUAACUACGAUGCUGACCAAUUGGUGGUUUCCGUCAACAAUGGUGCUCAGAUCAUUAAAGUCGCUUCACAUACUUUUAAUAGAGGCUACGAUCCCACCACCAACAAGAAUGACAUCGGUGUCUUGAAAUUGGCUGAGGCGGCUGUGAGUGUAAGUUACGUUUCAUUGGCAGACAGCUUACCUACAAGUGGCGUACUCUGCGGUUGGGAUGCAAAGAAAUCAGUGGUAAAUUUUUCUGUAACUAUCAUCAGUACCACGAAUUGCGUUUCUGGAAAUUAUAACUACAUAGCGGGUGACAUUUUAAAUACAAUGUUUUGCGGUCUUGCUGCGAAUAGCGCGUGUGAUGCUUAUCCUGGCACGCCAUUGGUUUCUAAUAACAAGUUGGUUGGUUUGACUUCGUGGGGUAAUGGUUGUGCCAACAAAAACAACCCAGCUGUUUACACUAACAUUGUACCCUUGAAAUUGUGGGUUGAAAGUGUUAUGUAA